AUGGGAGGUGGCAAUGGCACAGCAGUAACUGAGUUUGUUUUGCUGGGGUUCUCAGACUUUGGUUCCCUUCAGGGCCCUCUGUUUUGGGGGGUGCUCUGCAUCUACCUGGUCACCUUGCUGGGCAACUCCCUGAUCAUCCUCCUCACGCUGGCAGACCCUGCCCUGCGCUCGCCCAUGUAUUUCUUCCUUCGCCACUUCUCCAUGGUGGAGAUCCUCUACACCACAACCAUCGUGCCCAGGAUGCUGGCUGAUCUCCUCUCCUCCUGCCCCACCAUCCCACCUGCCAGCUGCUUCACCCAGCUGUAUUUCUUUGCCCUCUUUGGCAUCGCCGAAUGCUGCUUGCUCACUGCCAUGGCCUAUGACCGCUAUGCUGCCAUCUGCCGGCCACUGCAUUAUGCCACCCUGAUGAACCAGGGAGCCUGCGCGAGCAUGGUGGGGACCUCCUACCUCAUGGGCAUCAUCACCGGCACCACUCACUCUGUCUUCAUCUUCACUUUGCCUUUCCAUGGUGCCAACACCAUCCAUCACUUCCUGUGUGACAUUCUGCCUGUGCUGAGACUGGCUAGUGCGAGCACCUUCUGGGGUGAAGUGGGCAAUCUUGCCAUCACGAUAGCUUUUAUCUUGACCCCCUUCUCACUGAUCAUAGCCUCCUAUGCCUGUAUCCUUGCCACCAUCCUCGGGGUUGCGACAUCCCAGGGACGUCGAAAAGUCUUCUCUACCUGUUCCUCCCACCUGUUCGUGGUCGUACUCUUUUUUGGGACUGGGACUGUUGCUUACAUGAGGCCUUGGGCAGGCUCCUCUCAGGACGUGGACCAGAUCCUUGCCCUCUUCUACACAGUUGUCACUCCUAUGUUCAACCCUUUUGUCUACACUCUGAGGAGCAAGGAGGUCACAGGGGCAAUAAGGCGGCUCGUGAAGAGAUACCUUUGGAGCCCUUGA